GCAAAAACUAGAUGGACCAGUCCUUCAUUCAAAACCACACCAAACAUGAAUGCAAAGGUUAAAGGUCAAGGUAGUUAUUGAUAGAUGUGCAACUGCACGCUGGAAGGAUGUCGUGGACGGAAAGAGGCGAUACCACGCUGAUCCAAGAAAAACUUGACAAGUAUCGCGUUAGAUGGAAAAAAAAUAACACUACCAAAGAAGAUGAAGACACAUGGGAUGACUUGGAACCACUUCAGGAUGGGGGUGUGGCCAUGGAAGAUGUCACUCAGGAGAAUGGGGUGGAAGACACUCAAGGGCCCACGUUCACCGUGGAAGAGGCUGUCGAGAAGAUCGGAUUCGGCCGUUUCCAGAUGCUUCUCUAUUGUAAUCUGGGGCUCCUCACGGUUACUGAUGCUUUUGAGAUGAUGUUGUUGGCAGUUCUCUCCCCUGCUGUGAGGUGUGAGUGGCAUUUACAGGAGUAUCAGGUUGCCAUAGUGACAACGGUGGUGUUCAUUGGAAUGUUUCUAGGCUCUCCAUUUUACGGUUCCAUGGCAGAUAAAUAUGGACGACGUUCCGUAGUGUUGUUGGUGAGUGGAGGUAUUGGAUACUUUGGGCUCUUAACCACAUUUAGCCCAACAUAUUAUUGGUUGUUAAUACUCAGAUGCGUUGUCGGAUUUAACAUAGGUGGAGCCACUCAGGGCUUCACUCUUCUAGUUGAAUACUUGCCGUCCAAAUACAGAGCAAAACUCUUGACAUUUCAUUCGGUAUUCUGGGCGACGGGGGUGUGUUUUGAGGUGAUGCUGGCGGCAUUAGUCAUGCCUACACUGGGGUGGAGAUGGCACGUGGCUUUGUCCGCAUUGCCACAAUGUUUCUGCUUUGUCAUUUUCUGGUUUUUGCCCGAAUCGGCUCGUUUCCUGGUGGCUGCUGGCAGGAAACAGGACGCCAUGAGUAUUUUACAAAAAGCCGCUAGGUGGAACAGGUCAAGUUUACCUCCAGGGAAGCUCAUUGAGACAAAAACGACAAGUAGAGGUCACGUCAAGGACCUGUUUCAUGGGGUGUACAGGAGGACGACCUUGCAGCUAUGGCUGUCCUGGUUCGGGGCCGCUUUCUCCUAUUAUGGGAUGGUCCUGGCUCAGUCUGAAAUUCUAGAACAACACGGUGGAUGUUCUGGAGAAAAAGAGGUGAAGUCCACAUGUAAAUGUGCCCCAUUGAACUGGGAUGACUAUGUCAGCAUGAUGGUGUCAACGCUGGGGACAUUACCACUCAAUAUGAUGCUGAUUGACCGUGUCGGCCGGCGGUGGACUGGAUUCCUCAAUAUGCUGGGCUCUGGCAUAUUCUUUAUACUCAUGCAAAUAUGUUCAAAAACAUGGGUCGUUACCAUGGUGAUGUUUGCUGCCAGGAUGUUUUCUACCGGUUUCUUUAACGCUGUUUAUAUAUACACUUCUGAGGUCUACCCGACCAAUGUGAGGUCACGACUGGGGGCCUCCAGUGCAAUGGCCAGGAUAGGCUCUAUGUCAACACCUUUUAUAGCACAGGUGCUGUUAGCCAGUUCCGUGAAAGCGGCCGUUUGGGUGUAUGGAGUUAUUUGUGUCCUCUGUGGUCUCUCAUUCCUAAGCAUGCCUAUAGAAACAAAGGGCAGGGCAUUGCUGCAAGCAGGCAGGUGAUGAAGCAUCUGGGCUUAGAGAAAAGUGUAUUAACUUCCUGGUGCUAGUUUGUGAAGUUUUCUUGAUAUUCCUUAUUUAAUAUGGGUUGUGCGUGGCUAAUAUGAAGUCAGCCUGAGAACGUAACAAACUCUGGUCAGUUGUAGAGGAUUAUCUCAAGACUUUGGGGCAUGUUUUAUUUUAUUGUUAAAGGGUGUGGUUGCACCCACCCAAAUAUUCUCAAUUGUUGUGUAUAGUUUGAUACAAGUUGUUGUUGAAGUUACAUGGUUGAGUGUUUAGCCUGGUAUGUCAGCCCUCUGUUUAUGUAAGAGAAAUGAUCUCAGUCAGGUACUGAUCAAUGUUCCAGGUGUUAUAUAUUUUACUCAGGCAAAAUGACCAUAUCAGUGGAAAGAAAAAAAGAGA